CAUUAUUUUUCAUAGUAGAAUCCUUCUACUCUUACCCGUAGUUUUUCCCUCAAUUUGUUUGGGGGUUUUCCACGUAAAUCUUGGUGUCAAUUCCUUUUUUCUAAUUUCUUAUUUUAGCUGUGUGAUGCUGUUCCUACCUAUUCAAUUUCCUAACAUUGCUUCGCGCGCCGCAAAAGCCCAAACGGCUGCGCUCUCCCUGCCGCCGGAUUGCUCUCCUCCAUCUGCAUUUUCAGAAUGUCUUCGGCUGUCCGUUCGUCAAAAUUGCUCCAUCUGCAAUCACUUUCCACCUUCCGUUCGUCAAAUGCCUUCUGUUCGUCAAGGGGAAGGGCUAUUGCAAGAGGUAAAACCUCCCAUUCCCAUACUAUAAACCAACCCUCACUUGAAAUUUUUUUGAAAACAGACUGUAAAUCAGGUGCUGUUAAUCUCCCCGAUGCACUGCACUUCUUUGAUUACAUGCUUCAAGUGCAGCCUACGCCCCCAAUUUCUUCAUUCAGUAUUUUGCUGAGUGCUCUUGAUAAGAGAAAACUUUACUUUGAGGCAUUAUCCUUCGACAGAAGAAUGAAUUUAAUUGGGCUAUUGUCUAAUUUCUGCAUUUUGAUUAAUUGCUAUUGUUUCGGUUUUGCAAUUUUUGGAAGAAUCUUGAAAAUUGGUUAUAUUCCAAAUGUUGUAACCUUAACAGAUCUGGUUAAGGGGCUGUGUAUGGAGGGAAAGAUUAGCGAUGCAAUCCAGUUUUUUGAAAAAAUGGUGAAGUUGGGUUGUCUGCCUAAUAUUGUUUCAUAUGGGGCUUUGAUUGAUGGUCUUUGUAAAGAUGGUUCGAUGGGCAAGGCAGAAGAGGUUGUAUUUCAGAUGAGGAGUAUGGGAAUUUCCCCAAAUGUGUAUGUUUAUAGCUCUUUGAUGCGUGGAUUUUUCCAAGUUGGUAAAUACACAUUGGCAGAUAAUUUCUAUAUUGAAACGAUAAAUCAGGGAAUCCAGCCUAAUAUUGUCACUUUUAAUGUGAUUAUAGAUGCACACUGCAAAGUGGGGGAGGUGGAAGAAGCAAAAAGCUUGCUUCAAUUAAUGAUUCAGAGGGGCUUCAACCCUGAUAUAUGUAUUUGUAGCACAUUUAUGCAUGGGUUCUGUUUGGUGGGUAGGGUUGAUGAUGUAAGGGAGCUGUUUGUUUCCAUGCUGAGUAGGGGGAUAAUGCCAGACAUUUAUAGUUACAAUGUGUUGAUCACUGAGUGUUGCAAAAAUGGGAGGAUCAUGGAAGCUAUAGGGCUUUAUAAGGCCAUGAUCCGCAAGGGAAUUUGGCCAAAAGUUCAUACUUUCAACACCUUAUUAACUAAUCUUUUUCGAGAAGGCAGAGUUAAGGAUGCUCAUAAGUUGUUUCAUGAGAUGCAAACUUGUGAUGUGACACCAGAUUCGCGUACAUAUAGCAUAUUAAUUGAUGGACUUUGCAAGAACAAUUGCGUCCCGGAAGCAAUGGAGCUGUUUUAUGCGUCGGAAAAUAGUGGGUUUGAAGUGGAUAUUGUAAUAUUCAGCGGCCUUAUUGAUGGAUUUUGCAAAGCAGGGAAUCUCGAAAUUGCCACAGAACUAUUCUACAAAUUGUUUGACAAAGGGUUGAUGCCAACUGCCACAACAUAUGCCAUCAUGAUCAAUGAGCUUUGUAAAAAUGAACAGUUUGAAAAGGCCUAUGAUUUAUUUUUAAAAAUGGAUGAGAAGGGUUGUGCUCCGAAUGUAAAAACAUUUAACACACUUUUGCAAUGUUUGUUCCGAAAUAAUGAGAUGCUGAAGAUGAUUGAUGUUUUUGAAAAAAUGUCAAAGAAAGAUCUUCUAGCCAAUGAAUCCACCAUGUCCAUGAUAAUGGAGUCGGUCUUGAGGGAUAUAAUAUUAUUUCGUGAAAAUCAGAAAGAACUUCCAACAUCAACCAUCAUGUUACUGAAAUGGAAAGGUAACAAUCCAUCAGCACACAAAGAGACUUUUUCACAAACACCUGGCGUGCAGGAAUCUGGAGCCUUUUGGAAGGAGAUACUAGGGCUUUAACUUCCUUCAAAGAGAAUGAAUGUGAUCAGCAGCAAAAGAAGAGCUGCUGGAUGCUUCUGUGCAUCAUCUGUGGCAUGAGAUGAAUUGCAAAAACUUACAAACAAUAGCUUGGAUUUAAAAAAAGUUGUUGAAGUUCUUUGAGGAGAUUAGAGUUUUGGGGGGAGGGGGGGGGGGGAUGCAAGUCUGGUUUGCUGUUGAUUCUUAUCUAGCAAUAUUUGUUUUAGGUUGUCUUAAACAAAAAGCAAAAAUUAUUUAGUGGUCUGAGCUAUUGAUCUAUUUGGUCUCUUGGGAUUUUUUUUUUCUUUUUCCCUGCUCACAUUCAGUUAACAGAUAUAUGUACAGGAAAAAAUAAAAAAAACACAUCACGUUAGAAUGUGUUCACUUGGACAAUUGAAAUAAAUUUUUUUGUU